AUGUUCAAAUCAACUCUCGCUAUUUUCGCGCUCAUGUCUUCCUCGAUAGCAGCUCCCGCUCCCGAAUUCAUUGUAGAACGUCAUAUAGUGGAGGUAUACAAGCGCCAGGCUGAUAUCUCGCAAUUGCUAGAACUCGCGUCUCUAGCAGGCGUAACAGCCCUCCCCACCGACCCCGCCGUCCUCCUCCAACUCGGACCCCUCGCCAACUCUCUCGCCUCUGCCCUCCCCACGUCCUCUGUCCUCAACGUCCUCCUCACCGCCGCUCCCUCCGGCUUCGUUUCCUCUAUCGUCAACGACCCCUCCUAUGCCAGCUCCUUCGAAAGCGCUUUCUCAGCCGGCAACAGUCCCGCAUGGUUCAACUCAUUACCCACAAGCGUCCGCAGCUAUCUGCAUACAUAUUCCGGGUUUGGAGGAUUGGCGGGUGCUGGGGCCGCGAUCAAGAGUGUGACAGCUGAUGUGGCCAAUGGCACUGUUGCGGCUACGGGGAGUGGCAUGUCUAGUGGCGGUGCGAGUCCGACGACGCAGAAUUCGGCACAGAGUGUGGCCAGUGUUUCUAGUGCUUCGGCUGCUUAUGUGGCAGCUGUGGAUGCGACGUCGGCGGGUGCUACAGAGGGUAACACGGCAUCAGCUCAGGCUGGGACCGCGAGCAGUUCGAAGGGCGGUGCUGCACGUCCUACUGGAGCUGUUGCUGCUAGAUUGGCUGGUGUGGUUGGGUUAUUGGGAGUGGCUGCUGCUCUGUAA